AUGCAGCUCACCGUGGUCACAGCGGCGGGCAAGCGACUAUCGGUGCAGCUGCCGCCCGAGCAGCAGCUCACAGCGGCGGCCCUGCAGGCGGCGGUGGCCCGCAGCCUGGCGCUGCCGCCCGGCGCGGGCCUGCGGCUGGUGCAGGGCGGCCAGCUGCUGGCAGGCGACGAGGCAGUGGGCAGGCUGCAGGAUGGAGACACUCUUCUGGCAGCGGUGGUGCCCCGGCCGCCUCCCAAGGCGGUGCGAGACCUUGUGUCUGGCGGUGGGCCGGAGGAGGAGGAGGAGGAUGAAGCCGACCAGAUGCUGCGCCUGCGCCUGCCGGCCAACGCGCCUCGCUGGAAGCGCGCGGCGGCGCACCUGCUGCACCGGCGCCUGCGCCUGCCCGAGGCGCUGGUGGCGCUCCUGCUGGCGGUGCGUCCGCGCUUCUGGCUGGGCCUUCUGGCGUGGAUGGGCGGGGCGCGGCUGGCGGCGGGCCACGAGCUGGGCCCCCUCUACAUCAUCACCACCAUCUUCCUGCUGAUGCUGCUCAACCUGGGGCAGCGCAAGGAGGGGGAGUGGAGCGCAUACUCGAUAUUCAACAGGAACACGCAGCGGCUGCCGGGGCAGAUGACAGCAGAGGAUCUGGAUGCGGCGGUGCGGCGGGGCCAGCUGUAG